AUAAAAGGAGCAGCCAGAGGAGCUCUCAGUCGCUGUGAAUGCCAUACACCCGUCUCCUGCACAUACACAUACACACACACAUACACCCACACCCACACAUACACAUACAUAUAACACACAUACACCCCUAUACACGCUCGGCCCGCGCCUUCUCCCCCCUUCACAUCCCAGGUAGUCUGACCGGAUGAGUUACCCGGUGGAAACGGUAGGGAGCCCCUUCAGGAGAACUAUGGAUACUAGGACGACCGGCUACGGCUAUAGCCGCUCCGGUGGCACCCCCUCCAGCGGCUUUCGCUCCCAGUCUUGGUCCCGGGCAAGCCCCGGCUCCACCAUGACAACGUCCUACAAGAGGAGCGUGAACAUGCCGGUGUCCCGAGCUUACGGCUCAACGGUGCUCAGCUCCGCCGACAGUGUUGAUUAUAGUCAAAGCUCCAUCCUGAACGGAGACUACAAGCGAUCUAGCGAGAAAGAGCAACUCCAAGGGCUCAACGACCGUUUUGCUGUUUACAUUGACAAGGUGCACUACCUGGAGCAGCAGAACACGCAGAUCGAGUCGGAGAUCCAGUCACUGCGGCAGAAGCAGGUGUCGCGCUCCCAGCUGGGCGACGUCUACGACCAGGAGCUGCAGGAGCUGCGCUCCAUGCUGGAGCAGAUCCACCAUGACAAGGCGCAAAUCCAGCUGGACACCGACCAUAUCGACGAGGACAUCCAGCGGCUGAGGGACCGCUUGGACGAAGAGGCUCGCAUCCGGGAGGAGACAGAGGCCAUAAUCCGCGUCCUGAGGAAGGAAACCGGGGACUCGAAGUUGGUGAAGUCGGAGUUGGAUAAGAAAGUUCAGUCGCUGCAGGAUGAGAUCGCCUAUAUUCGCAACAACCACGAGGAAGAAGUGAGCGAGCUCAUCGCCCAGAUCCAGGAGUCUCAGGUGACCAUUAAGAGGCAAGACCUCCAGAAGACGGACAUCACCGAGGCUCUCCGCGAGAUCCGCUCCGAGCUGGAGGGACACUCAAACCAGAACCUGCAGCAGGUGGAGAACUGGUUCAUGUGCCGCUACGCCAAGCUCACCGAAGCAGCGGAGCAGAACAAGGACGCCAUCAAGUCCGCCCGUGAUGAGAUAUCCGACUACCGCCGCCAGCUGCAGUCCAAGACGGUGGAGUUAGAGUCCGUCCGCGGGACAAGAGACUCGCUGGAGAGGCAGCUGAAUGACAUCGAGGACCGCCACAACAGCGACCUGUCCAGCCUGCAGGAGACAAUUCACCAGAUGGAUAAUGAGCUCAAGAGCACCAAAUGGGAGAUGGCUCGUCACCUGCGCGAGUACCAGGACCUGCUCAAUGUCAAGAUGGCCUUGGACAUCGAGAUUGCUGCAUACAGGAAACUCCUGGAGGGUGAGGAGACCCACUUCAGCACUUUCCCUUAUCGCCAGGCGGUCACCCCCACCAGAAUCUCUAAAUCAGAGCCUCCCAAGUUUAAGGUGCAGCACAAGUUUGUGGAGGAGAUCAUCGAGGAGACGAGGGUGGAGGACGAAAAGUCUGAAAUGGACCAGGCUCUGGCAGAUAUAGCACAAGAGCUGUCUGCCACACUCGGAGGCGGAGGAGAUGAGGAAGAGGAGGACCAGGGGGAAGAGGGAGGAGAGGGAGAGGAAGCAGAGGAAGAGGGAGAAGAGGGCGAGGAAGAGGAAGUUGUAGCCGCCACUGAAGCCAAAGUUAGCUCUAGUGCGCCCGCUAAAGAGGAAGAGGAGGCUGAGGAAGAUGUAAAAGGUGGGGAUGAGGAAGAAGAGGGGGAGGGAGAAGGCGGUGAAGAAGGAGAGAAGGAAGAAGAAGGUGAGGGAGUGGAUAAGGAAAAGGGGGAUGAUGCAGAGGAAGGAGAGGGAGGAGAAGAGGGAGAUGAGGAAGUUGAGGAGACAGUAUUGUGCUCCAAAGCACCAGAGUCUAAAGCCACUCCUGACAAAGAGAAGGCCGGAGACAAAGAAGGAGAAGAGGAAGCAGGUGCCGAAGAGGAGGGCGGCGAUCAGGAUGAAGAUGCAGGCAGUGAGACAGCCUCCAAAAACGGAGAUGAGAAAGAGGAAAAUGAGCAUGCUGACAAAGGCAAAAAGGAUGAGAGGGAAAAAGACGAGAAGAAGGUAAAAGACGAGAAAGCGGACGACAAAUCAGAAGAAGCUGUAGCCAAGACAGAAGCUCCGAAAUCAGAGGCUGCAAAGCCCGAGGCAAAGAGCGAGGAAGCUGCCAAAACUGAGGCAUCAAAACCUGAUUCUCCAAAGCCUGACUCUCUAAAAUCUGAAUCUCCCAAGCCUGCAUCUCCGAAGUCUGAGUCCCCCAAAGGGGGGUCACCGAAGUCGGAAUCCCCAAAACCUAGCUCCCCAAAACCCGAUUCCCCUAAGUCAGAAUCCCCAAAAUCUGAAUCUCCAAGAGCUGAAUCCCCAAAGACAGAGACCGCCAAGCCUGAGGCCCCUAAAGCCGCUGAAGAGAAAUCAGAGAAAAAGAGCGACUCAACAGAUAAAAAGGUGGAAAAGAAGGAUGUCGCAAUGAAUGGCGAUUUAGACAAGAGCAGCCCCGAAGAGAAAGAGAAGAAGGACGAGGAGAAAGAGGGCGUCGUGAUCGCUAACGGCGUGGACGAGAGCCCGUCCAAGGACGAUGGCAGCCAGAAAGUGGUGAUCACCAAAACCGUGGAGACAAUCACGACCGGAGAGGACGGAUCCAAGCGUGUGACCAAAUCUGUCACCGUGACCGAGACGAUGAAGGAGGAGGUGGAGGAGGUGAUGCAGCUCUCCACCAAGAAAACCGAGAAGCACUCCACCGAGUCCAUCAAGCAGGUGACCGAGGCCGAAUGAGGAGACUCCCAGUGGCCGAUCUGGCAGAGAGGACACGAAGGCAAGCAAUCAACCCACAACUAACAUAACAAAGAAAAUCAUACAGCUAGAGCGAUGUAAUAAAGAAAACCACUCUCAUACAAAACAAAUCAUACAGAGAAGC